AUGAAACAUACAAGAUGUAAAAAAUCUGCUGAUAGUAGUGGCGGUGAUGGAGAUGGUGACGGUGGUGGGAGAGAUGGAGAUGGUGACGGUGGUGGGAGAUAUGCAGAUGGUGGUGGUAGGAGAGAUGAAGGUGUUUGUGAAAAGCCCAUGGACAGUAGGGGUAAUAAUAACAUUCCUAUCAUUCCUUUGGUUUGGAAGUUGGAAGAUAUCCUGGAUACUUUUGCUGACAGAGUUUCUAAACCACGCCUUUAUCUGACUGAUAAGAUGCAAAUCGCCCUUGCUGGUGGUUUGGGUCAUGGUGUGGCCCAUGCUGUCUUUUUCUGUCUAAGCCUGUUGACACCUGCGUUUGGCAAGGCAACAUUUUACGUUGAGAGGUGCUCAUCGAUGCCAUUUUUUCUCGUCUCUGCUAUCAUUUGUCUAGCAUUUGUUACCAUCCACACGUUAUCCAUGGUUAUAGCUUUCAAUGGGUACGCAGAAGGGAACAAAUCAGACCAAAUAUUCGUCCCAGCAGUUCAUCUAAUUGCAGCAUCAAUGAUUUGUACUCUAUCUGGAAGCAGUGCAACAAAUAUGUACUCGAAUUUGUAA